AUGUUUGGCAGCAGUCGAUCGGGGGGCCAAGGCGAUGAGUUCCAGUACCGGGGCGUCCAGAGAAGGUCGGACAACCGGUACAGAGCGGUGAUAAAAGGCGUGGAGGAGAAGGGAAAGAAGAAUCACCUCGGGACCUUCGACACGGCCGAGGAAGCCGCCAUGGCCUACGACUACGCGGCUCGCUCCCUGCACGGCUCCAAGGCCUACACGAACUUCGUCUAUCCUGACGGCAGGCAGCGCGGUUCCCUCACCAACAUCCCCGCCCCCGAAGAGCCCGAGUAUGAGCUCUCGCCGCAACACCCCCCCGCCCCCGCCGCCGGAUACAACUACCAGCAGGGCUACUACGGGCAGGGCCAGGGGCAGGCUUCGGGGUUCGGGCAGGUGGAGUACCCGCAGUGGGUGCCGGGGGAUGAGCUGCCGCCGCUGCCGCAGGAGCUCGGGAGCACCUCGGCGGUGGGGUACGGAGGCGGUUAUAUGGCGCCUCCGCCUCCGGGGCCGGGUAGUAGCUACUCCGGGUAUGGUUAUGGAUAUGGGAAUGGGAAUGGAUGGUAG